UGCCAGCUAGUGCAUGUUGGGUUGCGUGCUGAGCGUUCCAUAGCUGGAAAGAUGGCGGCCUGUGCGUUACGCCGAGGCUUGCUGAGCACUGUCAGUAAAUACAACAAGAAACACACACUUAGAAUACUGUCGAGUGUCGCUGACAGCAGCAGCAGCGGGUUUGAGGUGUUCAGACCGCGGAUACAAUGCCGGGCCUGCGGACUGCCCGGCGGUGUUCAGCAGCGGAGGUUCAUGUCCUCACGGAGCAGGCCUGAAGGGAAGAUUUUGGAGACAGUGGGAGUGUUUGAGGCUGUGAAGCAGCACGGCAAAUAUGAAACGGGACAGCUGUUUCUCCACAGUGUGUUUGGCUACAGAGGCAUUGUCUUGUUUCCCUGGCACGCCCGACUUUAUGACAGAGACAUCACCCCUCCCAUGGCUGAAAGCAAACCUGAGCCUGCAGGAGCCCAUGGCUCCAAGGAGGUGAAGGGGAAGACUCACACCUACUACCAAGUCCUGAUUGACACUAGGGACUGUCCUCACAUAUCUCAGAGAUCCCAGACAGAGGCAGUGACGUUUCUGGCCAACCAUGAUGACAGCAGAGCCCUGUACGCUAUCCCAGGUCUGGACUAUGUGAGCCACGAAGACAUCCUGCCCUAUAACUCUGCAGAGCAGAUCCCCAUCCAGCACGAGCUGUUUGAGCGCUUCCUCACGUUCAACCCUGCCAAAUCUCCUCCGUUUACAGCCAGAGACACCCUGAAGGCGUGGCAGGAGAAGAACCACCCCUGGCUGGAGCUCUCCGACGUCCACAGGGAGACCACCGAGAACAUCCGAGUCACUGUCAUCCCCUUCUACAUGGGCAUGAGGGAGGCCCAGAACUCCCAUGUUUAUUGGUGGCGGUACUGUAUCCGUCUGGAAAACAUGGGCAACGAGGUGGUUCAGCUGAGAGAGAGGCACUGGAGGAUCUUCAGCCUGUCAGGAACCCUGGAGACGGUCCGAGGACGCGGAGUCGUAGGCAGAGAGCCAGUGUUGUCUAAAGAACAGCCAGCCUUUCAGUACAGCAGCCAUGUGUCUCUACAAGCCCCCAGUGGUCAUAUGUGGGGGACGUUUCGUAUUGAAAGGACUGAUGGCUCCCACUUUGAUGUUCGCAUUCCUCCUUUCUCCCUGGAGAGCAACAAAGAUGACAAAGCGCCCCCCGCUGGCUACACGUUUUAAAUGAGAGUAGUCACCUUCCCCUAUAACAUUGCCUCAGCCUUGAGCAUAGGACUAGCCCUCCAUGUUGUGUUUGAAGAGACUUGCACAGUCAAGUGGAAGGCCACUGGGAGUCAGGGAGGAGAGUCAGUGUUGCCAUGCUGAGCUGGACAUGUUGUGCUUUCAAUAGCUGAAAUAUUGAGGCAGGUUGUUUUAAAGUGGAAGAAUUUCCUGCUGAGCUCUGCAGUCAUGAAAAGAGCAACAACUCCAGCUGAGCUUCAUACUGAGGCCUCAGUUGGAUACCUCAAGUCAACAUGUAAGACAACAGUUAAACUACAUGUUAGAAACUCCUUGAUAUUCUUGUUUUGAAUUUAUGAAAACGUGACGCAUGACUUUUGUCCUGGACCCUAUUUUCCUUUCAUGUUUUAAUUAUAAUUAUUACAGUUUACUUAUGUCAGACCUCUGUGGGCCACUUACGAGAGGGAAAUCCGAUUGAAAUCUGGGCCAGUUAUAGUGCUGAAGUUAUUGUUUUACAACAUUGAAGUACAGUGGAUGGAAUUAGGGUAUGUUUGACACUGAUCAAAGACUCUUUAAUGUCAAAAUGAAAUCAAAUCUCUACAAAUGAUUCUCAGUAAAAAUAUAUAUAACAAUAUUUUUUUAUAUUCACCUUUGUGUCAUUUAGCAGCAGUUAUAGCCUUCUACAGUCUGUCGAAAGGUCUAUUAGCUUUACACAUCUUAGUAUACAGUCUCAGGUCUCUUGGCGGUCUCCCUCAGCUCCCUUCUCACAUGGGAAAUGCAGAUUUUGAGGAUGGCUUACCCUAUGCAGAUUUAUAGCUGCGCCAUAUUCUUUACGUUUUUGUAUGACUGACUCAGCUCAGUGUCUC